AUGGCCCCCAGUUCCAAACCGACAGCUCGUGAUGAAGGGAAACAAGAGUUGAAAGAAAAGCAAGGUGGCCAGCCACCUCCAGGACACCGAUCAGGGAAACGGAAUACCAAAAUAAAAUCGGUCCGCAACAGCCAGCUCAAAGUUAUCCACAGCAACACAAAGAAGGGAAUUCUCAUCGAGUUUCUUCUUUUUCACUUUUUGCUCGUCUUUUUGGUCCUUGUUUUUUUUGCUCUUCAUCUCAGCAACGUAUAUUGGCAUCCACCCUCACCGAGCAGUAACGUCCUGAGCGCCUUGCAGUUUGUGGCAAAAGCCCACGAAGCCUUGAUCGUAACGACGAUAUCCACAAUCCUCCUCGACCAUAUACGGUACAGACUUUUUGCUUCGACAUCUCCCGGCAUUCCGCUGGGUCUGGUCACCGCCCCAUUUCGUCUCAGCUCUGCUGCGCCUACUUACCUCGCGAGUAGCGAGUUCUUUUCCACUCUAAGAGAAUGGAGACGUCUUAUGGCCAGGGACGUAGUGACCGCGGUGCUUAUCGUCUACCUGUUCAUCAUAGUACUAUUAGCGAGCCCAUCAGCGGCCAUCACCAUCUUGCCGAACCUGUCGACGCUGCCAUACCCCGAGUCUUUCCAGACAAUCCAAUCCGAGACGAGAGGCCGCGAAGGCGUCUAUCUCGAUUUCUACAAGGCCUGCCAUUUUGCCGACCUGUAUCCCACCCUCCUCAAUGCUUCGUUCUUAGAGGGGGGGAAUUGCCCAACAGCUCAGCCUGGCUGUCCUAUAAAUGCCAUUCCGGAAGUGCUCAAGCAGUUCUACGAAGUAUUCCUUACGAACCUAGUCGACUUUGGCACCUCUUACAAUUUUACGGUCCGGGCGGAGCAGACGAUCCGCUCUAGGCUGCUAGAGUCGUCCAAGUCGUUUGGGUUGAAUGAUGGUGGGCCCGAUUCGGCAGCCGAAAAAUACUACGUGGAAGUGGCAUACGCGACGACCUCGCCGAGGUCUCUCAGCGUGAACAUGGGGUUGCUUACAGAGCUGGUCGGACGAUGGCUAAGAUCCAACGGGAGGAACUGGCCGGUGCGAAUCACGUCCACGGCGGGCGACUCCACGGGAACCUCGCUUUGGAAGCAGCCAUUUGUCACGACGCACUGCUCGCACAGAGAUAGCCCUCUCGAGUUCUCCAAGUGCAACGGGACCAUCACUGACGCUACCCGGUUUGGAUUUCCGGCCUCGGACAACUCGACCAUCUCGGUCACUGUGGCUGCGGACACCUUACCGUGUCCGGCCCUCAACGCUUCGAGCGCCAUCAUCAUACCACGGACGAGCCUAAGCUCCAGCCCAGCCAUUGAAAUUUCCUCGGCGUUGGCCUUCGAAACCAGCAACAACGCCACAACGCUCUGCAUCAUCAGCGCGCAGUGGCUUGAGGCGGCCGAGACUUUCAAGAAGCCGCUCCAGCCAGGCAACGUCCCCGACUUUGCGCUAGCCGAACCCAACCUCGAUCUCCACUACCACGGCGGCGAUAGUAAUAGCAGUAUCGGUAGUGCCGGUAGUGGUAUCACCGGAGGAAGAGGCGGAGGAGGAGGAGGCCAAGUCCUCACCCUCACGCAAGACUGGCUCGAAGCCUUCGACCAAUGCCAACAGCCCUCCUCGCCGGGCUACUUUGCCAACCUGACGACCAUCUGCGGCGCAAGCGGCGGGGCACGGCCGAACCCCGACGCGGCGUGUCUCGCGGCGGGGCUCUCGACGGGCGUGGCCGAGGGCCUGUCGCAGGCCAUGGAUGCCCACGCCACGUACUACCUUGGCUCGACCGACGACGAAGACCGCGCAGGCCGCCACCCCGGCAAGCGGACCCUCUACAGACUGCGGUCCAACGCCGAUCUCGCCAACCUGGAGCCGUUUGUCGAGGUCGACACAGGUACUACGUCUGACGGUAACUCGGGCGCGGCGGCGGUGCGGUUGUUGUUGCCGAAGUACACCCAAAUGCAGUUCGCCAUCACGCACGACGUGUAUGCGUAUACGUUUUCCUCCGGCCGUGGUGCUGCUGGCGGCGGCGGCGGCGGCGGCGGCGGCAACGUCACGGUGUACCUCGCGUUCACGGUGCUGUUCCUAUACGUGGCGACCGCGGCCGCGCAUGUGCUGCUGUUGCUUGUCGGCAGGACGUGGACCAGCACCGCGUGGUCGAGUCCGGGGGAGCUGCUUGUGUUCGCUAUGCGGGGGGUGGGGGACGGCAGCGCAGGGAUGGGGAUGGGGAUGGGGAUGGGGUGGACCCUGCGGGCUGUCGUCGAUGAGGUUGAUCCUGGCGAGUGUGAGGGUGGGAGCUCGGGGCCUGGGGCCGUGUGUGCGGGCUUCGUGGUGAGACGUGAUCGUUCUCGUCGGAAAAAGAAGAGAGCAAGCAGGAAACAAGACCAGCCAACGAAAAUGAAGAGGCUUUAUACGUACGCAUAUUGUUAUUUCUAG